GUCCUCAUUCUCCACACCCGUCAUCCGGUCAGACAGAAAAUCCGCCGAGCCGCUCCUCUUGAGAACCCGGUCGCUGGAUCCGACCCGCCGCCUACUGCCAUUGGCAACACUGUGUCAACUAUUUUAGUGUUGGUAUCUUUUUAGUUAAGCUUAGUCUUGAUGGCCGUCUCGACAAAUAAAUAAUUAUUUCUGUAGUUUCUUGUGUGUUUUGCUCCGCGCGGACGUUUUGCCGAGGGGAUAACUACGAGAGGGGCUUUCAUACUCGAUGGAAAUUGAAAAAGUGUACUAAAUUGAGAGAGGUGGAUGAAAUGAAUCCGGAGGCCGACGUUGAAAAAGUGGCUGAGGAUGGCGGUGAAGGCCUGGAUGCAAAAUUGGAUACAGAAUCUCCCUCGAAGCCAUCUGAAAAUCCCCCUGUACCCAAUGGUGGCGAUGCUGCAACUCGAGUGCAGUUGAGUGAGAAACAGCUGGACGGGAUAACGCUCGAUGAACUUAAAAGCAAUUGGAGGAAACAAGACAGUUACGUCAGUGUUUUAGAAUCAAGGACCUCCGCCUACGAAGGAGAAUGUGCCGUUCUAAGAGAAAACGAAGAAAAGCUUAAAAGCCAACUAGCGGAAUUAGCUUUAAGGGAAAGAGUUUUAAUGCGACGGCUAGCUGCCAAGGAACAGGAUAUGCAAGAAUAUGCUGGGCAGCUGUCGGAAAUGAAAGUACCCGGUGGAGGGGCCUUAAAAAGUGCACUUCUCGAUCCAGCAGUCAAUUUCCUUUUACAACGCCUUAGACAAGAACUGUCCGAGACCAGGACAAAACUUGACGACACACAAAAUGAAUUAGCAGCAUGGAAAUUUACACCCGAUAGCAAUACGGGAAAACGUCUGAUGGCAAAAUGCAGGCUGCUUUACCAAGAAAAUGAGGAAUUGGGAGCAACAAUAUCAAAAGGGCGCUUAGCCAAAUUAGAAGGAGACCUCGCUUUGCAAAAAAGCUUCAGUGAAGAGGUUAAAAAAUCUCAAUCUGAUCUGGAUGAGCUGCUGCAAGAUUUAGAUGAGGAUGUCGAAGGGAUGCAGAGCACCAUAUAUUAUCUCCAGCAAGAAUUACGCAAAGCCAAAGAGACGAUAACAAAUUUAGAACAAGAAAACUGCACAUUGCGUAGUGUGGAUACACAGCCCAAGUCCCCGAUAACAUCGGUAAACGGUCUCAACGCACCCCAUUCUAAGUGGGGUGCAUCGUCUGACUCGAUAGACUCGCCCAUGAAUGACCAUACGAGCAGUUCGUCACCAAGGACUAAAGGUACAGAUGGCGAUAGUGUUGUGAACAACAAUGUUGAAGGACAACGAAAACGGACGUCAAGUGAGAAUAGUGAUGAGAACUCGGUAAUAAAGAAAUCUAGACCGGAUAAUCAACUUUCUGUCCAUUAUAGUGAUGAGGAGGUUAUCACAAACGGUGGAAACGAGGGACAAUAACCAAAGUUGGUAUCGCCAUCCGGUAUUUACUUUUAUUGUGAUUUUUGUAUUUUAGUUAAUUUUAAAAGAGAAAACACGUACAGUAUAGUAAUUCGUGGAUGGAAGCAUGAAUUGUGUAAUGUAAAUAACAGAUCAUUAUAAACAGGUAUAUUAAAAAUACAUAUACUUUGUACAAGCUAAUCCUAAUUGAAGUUAUCUGUACAUAAAAUUAUUAACAAUUAAGUUUAUUAUUUUACACAAUUCAACAUAGUCAUACCUCAUGAACAUGACAUGGAAAAUCACUGGCCUAAAGCCAAACUUAGUUUUUAAACAACAUAUAAAUUAAAAUAUUAAAAAAAAGAGAGAUAGAUUAUUGCAUCGUUAAUAUGUUACAAAUUACGAAGCCAUAAA